AUGACUCCGGCGCAGAUGCAGCAGAUGGGCCAUCCUGGCGGCCCGGUAACACCAGGGCCUCACGUCACACAAGGCGGCGCGAUGCUCGCCAUGCAGCCUGGCGCGAGUUCAAUGGGCAACCCCGCCGGCAUGGGUGCUCAGCACAUGCCUGGACAAAUGGGCGGUAUGCCGGCGCAGAUGGGAGGUCAGACCAUGGCUGGCGGCAUGCAAAAUGCGCACGCCAUCGCCAUGAGCCAGAUGACUCCCCAACAGAUACAACAGCAACAGCAACAGGCCAUCAUGCAGCACAAUCUGCAAAACAAUCCCCAAUUCGCCCUGCAACAACAAGUGAUGAUGAAUCGCCGCGCCUCCGCACUCGCGCAAGCUGGUAACGGAAUGGCGGGAAUGCAGCCGGGAAACAUGCAGGGGCUGAGUCCACAACAAAUGCAACAAAUGCAGCAGAUGCAGCAACAGCAGCAACAAAACAACCAGGCGAUGCAUGCCCAGGGUGUGCAAUUACCCGCACACCUGCUGGCGCAACAGCAGCAGAUGCAAAUGCGCAUGCAGCAACAAGCCAUCGCACAGCAGCAGAAUCAGCAAGCGCAGCAGCAGGCCCUCGCCAUGCAGCAAGCAGGCUCGCAACAGAGUAAUCAGGGCGCGCAGCCAGGAGCACACAGCCAGCAAGGCCCACAGCAACAACAUCCUGGGCAAGCGAUGCGCCCGCAGUCCCGGCCGAAUCCCAGCGAGCAGAACCCUACGAGUGGUCCACCAGGAAAUGCGCAAGCCCAGGCGAGCCCCGCGCAAAGCCAGACCCCCCAGCAACAACAUCCUCAGCAGCAGGCUCCGAACGGGCAGCAGCAACAACAACAGGGUCAACCAGGACCCGGGCAGCAGCCGGGGCAGCCGGGGCAGCCUCCACAAGGGAUGACGCAACAGCAACUGGCUGCAAUUCAGCGACAGCGCCAACAAAUGCAGAUGCAGCAGCAACAGAAUGUUGCUCUGCAGCGGAUGGCGCAGGUCCAAGCGGUGCAGGCCCAGCAGCAGGGCCAGAGCGGCAUCUUCAUUCUCAAGGUCAUCCAAUUUGGAGAUCAUCUGAGCAGCUUCGACGGCGAGUCUGGCAAAGACAUUGGACUGUGGCACAACUUUGUCGAUCGGCAUUUCGCCCCUGACGCCCGCUUCAUCCACACUUUUGCACCCCCGCCCGGACCGGAAGAGAAGAAGGCGAAGAGAUACGAGGUCCCGCGGCCCACGAUUGCAAGAUAUUUCCAAACGUACUUUGAUUCCAGCGCCGCAUACAUACGACUGCAUCUUGAGCACGUGCGAGAGACGGCCAUUGCACCGAAUCGGCAUCAAGUGUCCUUCUCCAGCGCCGUCCUCACCGUUGCAUACCCCAACGGCGCUCGCUUGGAGAUGAACGGGAGUGUCAACGUUCUGUUUGCCCCUGGAUCCGACUUCAUCGAGUUGAUGGAGCUUUAUACGGCCAACACCGAAGAGCAUGUAACGAGGGCAGAGAUUGAGAGAUUGCUGUCGAGCUGGAGUCCAACCAUGGCUAACAAGGCCUCGCCGAAAAUGGCGAAGAACAAGUUGCCCAAGGCUCAGCAGAAGAUGCAGGCGCAGCUGGAAGGGUUGACGAUCGAUCACUUCCCGCGGGUUUCCAAGGGAAAGCUGGGGAUUACGGAGCGCGUGCAGCAGUUCCUCGAGAUCGACGAAACCAUGUGCGUCAUGGCCGACCUCAUCGCCUACGCCCAGGAACGCAAAGUGCGACCCGAACAAGCGCUGGAAGCGAUGGUAACACAGUAUCAAGAUCAGCAAGGCAACCCGCAAGGCGGCCCCCCACCCAACGCCAUGGGCAUGGGUAACCGCACGCCGAGCAUGGCACACAUGCAAAUGCCCAACGCCGGCCAAUUCUCCUCCCCCAACGUGUCGCACCUCAACCUGCCCAUGCAAAACGGCAUGAACGGCAGCCCCGGCAUGCCGCCCGGACUGGCAGCGAGCAUGAGCAACAUGGGCAACGCGCACACCCCCUCGCCCUCGCUGAACCACAUGGUGGCGCCGGGCAUGGUGCCGCAGCAUUCGCAGCAGGGCACGAACAGCAGUGCGGCGAGCGCCAACACCAGCCCGAACGUGAAUAACAAGCGUCGGCGGAGUACGGUGAAGGUGGAGGGGGAUGAUGCCGGCGAGGGAGGCAAUCGCGUCAAGCCCAGCCCGCGCAUGCCCAAGAAGGCGAAGCCGGGCGGGGCUUGA